CGGGGGGACGUGGUGGCCGAUUUGGUGGUGGCGAAGGACGGCAGUGGGGACUUUGGGAGCAUCAAGGAAGCUAUCAACGAGGCGUCGAGGAGGAGAGGGAGGGGGAGCAGAAGAUUUGUGAUCCAUGUGAAGGAAGGGGUUUACGUGGAGAACGUGCAGGUGGGGGUGAGAGACCUCAUGUUGGUUGGGGAUGGCAUCGGCAAGACAGUGGUCACUGGUAGUCGGAGUGUUGCUGGAGGUUCCACCACCUUCAAUUCCGCCACCGUGGCGGUGACGGGGGACGGAUUCAUCGCUCGGGGGAUAACAUUCCGCAACACGGCCGGCCCCGCGAAGCGCCAGGCGGUGGCGCUCCGCUGCAACGCGGACCUCGCCGUCUUCUACCGGUGCAGCUUCGAGGGGUACCAGGACACGCUCUACGCCCACUCGCUCCGGCAAUUCUACCGCGAGUGCGACGUCCACGGCACCGUCGACUUCAUCUUCGGCAACGCCGCCGCGGUGCUCCAGGACUGCAACAUCUACGUGAGGCGGCCCAUGAGCAAGCAGCAGAACACGAUAACCGCGCAGGGGCGGACCGAUCCCAGCCAGAACACCGGCAUCGUCAUCCAGCACUGCAGGGUGACGGCCGCGCCGGACCUGAGGCCGGUUCAGGGGAAGUUCCGGACGUACCUGGCUGUGUUCAUGGGUACGUACAUGGAUGAUCUGAUCUCCGCAGCUGGGUGGUUGGAAUGGAGCGGUGGGUUCGCUCUCAACACGUUAUACUACGGGGAGUAUAAGAACACAGGGCCGGGGUCUGACACUUCCAGGCGAGUCAGGUGGCGCGGCCACCAUGUUAUCACCGAUCCAUCGACUGCUCUGAGAUUUACUGUGAGGGGUUUGCUAUCUGGAGGUAGCUGGUUGCCGGCCACCGGAGUUCCCUUCACCGAUGGUCUGUGAUCUUGGUUUAAGGCGACUUGCAGCAGAAACAAGAAGACCAUACCAAGAAAUGUACAUGUAUGUAUAUAUAAAACAUAAUGCUUGAUGUGAUUAGGAAAGAAAGAGUAAUGGAACUCUAUCAAGCAUCUCACUGUUCUU